AUGGCAGAGCUUCACGAGAACCUGGCGAGCCUUCGCGGCCUGUACCAGGAUCUCUCUGCAAUUACCGACAGCUCAUUUCUCAAUGUUGAGCGGCUCAUACUCGAGCUAGAGACACAUAUCGAGGACUUCCAGAAACUCCUGGACAAGCCCGCGAAAAGCAAUGCUAGUCGGCAGGCUGUACUUUCUGGGAAGAUCACGGUUGCCGAAGUCGAGUACUCUAUCAAUGAAGAUUUCCAGCAAGGUGCUCUUCAGCUUGCCGAUGCCUUGAAUAUUGAUGAACUAGAAGCGGCAGUAAUGUUUCUAGCUGCGCAAGAAGAUUCGCGCAUUCUGGAUCGACCACCCUUGAUUACUGCGAUCAUGAGGUUCCACGAGCGCCGCCAUUUCCUUCUUGAAUGUCUCCGCCUGAUUUGCCGAGAAACCUACGAAACAGAAGAGCCAGGGAACAUCCUCCCCAUCAUGCAGGAGACGCUUGCGCAUAUUCUUAAAAUCAAGAACAGACAGAUGCAGAAUGCUUCAGAAUACACGAGAAAGGCGCUCGAGUCUAUGUGGGAGGUUGAGAAAUGGCUGUCCCUCUUGGGCGACCAGGUCCAGAAGGCGUCAAUUGUUGGCCAAGAAGAAGAUCGCGACAUCAUGGAGGCCAUUGAAUACCAACGAUACAGCCUACAGCAGCAGCAUGAGUCGCUUGGGGCGAUUUUGUUCUACCUCUUCAAAGGGACUUACACUAGUGCUGAAGACUUCCGCGUUCUUGUCUCUCACUUGAAGAAGCUUGAUCGUCUUGACGGGCUAAUUGUUCACUACUUCCCUGUCGCCAUUGCCGCCUUCGUCCGAUACGGGUCUGCUGAAAGUGGUGAGCGAGAUGAAGCUCGACGCCUUCACGAGCUGAUAACUCAAGCCAAGGAUGGCCAGUCGUGGAAGCUUCCCCAAUUUCAUGCGUCAAUGACUGCUCUUUGGCUUGCUAUCUACAGUGGCUGGUACUUUGAUGAUGGUCCAUCAGAUCUUGGCCCUGGCUUUGACGCCGAGAAAGAAGCUCAAGAGCGGACAGACACUUUCAUGGUCUCCCUCGACGACGGGGCACUAGAAUUGAUGUUGGCGAUUUGUGCCAACGUUAAUAGUGAGGAGUGGGCAGAACCUGCACGUAGUGAACUGGUUGCGCUCCUCUUGAAAGAAAGUCCAAUCACCCUGCUGGACUCCAGCCACUGCAGCAGUUACAUGAAAGCCUUAUUGAUGGAGAACUUCGAGGUCUUUGUGGAAUCUUGUAUUGCGAAUAUGCCCGACGCUGUGCGCAGACUCAAAUCUGAGGAGGAUACACAACGUCUGGAUCAAAUAACUGCUCUCAGGGAUGGACUCACAUCGAGCACAAAUCGUGCUCUUGUAGAGGCAAAGACCCAUUUGGAAACGUUCUUGAUGAUCAUUUCAUUCGCUUUUGAGCGUCGAGAAGAUGCCGCGCAAGAGUUCUGGGGCGACGUCGAGGGUAACCUCCACGGAUUCCUACAAUGGGCGUCCAAACGACAGACUGUGCCGCGGGUUAGUGCCUUUUGUGAAAUGCUAUGCUCGAUAUCUGAGGGAGAAGAAAAUGCCGCUGCUGCGCACAGAUUUCUGACCGAGGAGGAAAAGUUUCUCACCUCGAAAUUGAGGCGAUCCACAAACAUGAACUGGAGUCAAAUGUUUGCCGAAUUGCACCUCUAUGCUACACGUGUCACGGAGAAAGCGCAAGCCGGUGGUCAUACUCCACAGACGGCACAGGGUCCUGGAUCUACUCGGAAGACAGGGCGUGUGGACCUUAGCGAGCCAGAGUCCCCGGUGAUGCUUACUUGCUAUCUCCGUCUCAUGGGUCAUUUAUGCAGGCAGAGUGCAGCCAUUCGGGAUUGGAUGCUUCAAAACAAGUCUUUCAGAGUUGCGGAGGAGCUCCUCACUUUAUGUAGAGGACCGAUCCCGACUCAUUUGAGGGCUACUAUCUUCACUACGCUGUCGUCUUUGAUGAUCGACAAGACUCUGGGGGACGGAUUUGAUAUGUGGGAGUCCCUUGACUCAUUUUUGACCAGUGCGCCAGUGGGUGAAAGUUCAACACUCAUCAAAGCACCUGCCAAUUCAAAUCACAGUUUGUGGUAUCAGCAGCAGGCUUUACAGAAGAUUGGCGAGAGUCUCGAUCAGACCAACGCCCUUGUGACGUUGAUAAAUGCUUUGGUCACACCCGUCUCCGACCCCAGCGCACAGGCUUUUUCGCUUCCUUUCCCUGAUUCUUUGGGGGCUGCGUAUCGGAUGCCUGGGAUUGAACCGUAUAUUGAUUUCAUUAUGGGCCAUGCUCUUUCCCGGAGAAUGCAGGAUCCAGGAAACCACCAUUCGCGCUUGUUGACCUACAACUGUCUUGAAUUCGUCGUCACAAGCCUGCGCACCUUCAACGAGGAUCUUGUUACUUUUCUCAGUCAGUCGACUCUUAUUGACUCUGCCGCGAAGACAUCCAAUCUUGAGUCAUAUACGCGACUACACGCGUUCUCCCGUGUGAUGGAAUGGCUUUUCAAUGAGAAUGUCUUGAAGGCGUUGUUCUCAAUCAGCCGAGUUGACAUCUCAGAAGUAGCUCAAGCGUCGUCUGAUUCGGUUCUGGUCUUGACGGUACUACGCAGCGUUGAGGUCAUGAACUUGCUGAUGGAUCUUCAGUCGACAUACUUCAACGUUGUGAAGCCAAUGGUCAAGUCUAAAUUCACAGAUCGCCCCACUGUCGCAAACUCCUCGCUUGCUUCUUUUGAAGACAGCGUGUUGAACAACCUGUCCCUUGUACCUGCGCUCUGCCUUUUCUGCGGCACAGGUCAUGAGCAACUCACUGUCACUUCCAUGACACUUCUUGAGAAGCUCACAAGCUCACGAAAAUUGAACAAGAUGUCGUCGCCGGAGAUUGUAAAGUGGCAAUCUUCCAACAAGAUUGUGGAGGUUCUAGCAUCGGAGGUUGAUGUUGACAGCGUGGCACGCUCACUAGUCUCCAUGAUGGAGCCUGAUCUGAGAGAGCUUGAAUGCGGACCCAAGACUGCUGGGUACGUGAUUCGUGAAAGCCUCCUUGCGCUCUUGAAUAGCUGUCUAGGUAUGAUCACAGACCGCCCCACGGUCGCCCAUUUACUUCUUGGCUUCAGCUGCUUGGGCAACAUCCUUGACCUGCCUCCGAACGGGCUGUUCGCCAACGGCAUGUCGUUGUUGCACGCCAUCAUAGGAUUCUUACAGAGUUAUCCGGAUGAGGUGGACGGAACUAUCACUUCAUACACCGUGCACCUCAAGCGGAUGGCCUUUGAAGUUCUCAAGCAUCUUUGGUCGUCAAAGCUCGCCACGUUCUUCACCUUGAGUGAGAUGCGCUCCAAUGCAUUUUUGAUGAACGCCUUCGCGGGCCAACCCAUCAUUGGCCCCAACACCUUAUGGAAUGGCUAUCCCCUCACCGCUGAGGAAUUUUGGAUGACCGAUGCUACUUCAGCCUUGGCGGAGUUUUUGCUCUACCGCAGUCACUUGUUCUCGUAUGCAGCUACUGAAAUACGCUCCGCGGCGAAAGUGAGCUCCCCGGCACUUCAGACCAGCGUUCUCUCAACACUGCUCGGAAAUUCGACGUUAGAGAGCGGCGAGAUGGUUCCUCACGCCUCGGUAUUCGACCUCUUUGACUUCGCUGAUUUGGAUAUCUUGCGCAAUUUCCACAAUCCUCAACUCACAUUCCUUGACACCAUCCCGGUCAACGAGUGCGCCACCCUGGAACGAGACGCACUGGCACUGUUCGACAUUGCGAAAGUGGAGGAGUUGAUCCAAAUCCGUAAAUCUGAGCUGUUUGCUUCCGCUCCCGCACGGCCCCAAAAUGAGGAGCAUUUUGAAGCUGAAGCUGAAGCCUUGAAGAUGUUCAUACUUGCCACCAAUCAAAGUCGGCAAAUUGUGUACAACCGAUACCUCGCCCUUCGUGCAUGGACAGAGCUCAUUACAACCAUUACCACCUGCUCCGUUCUCGACGAUUCCACCAGGCCCACCUUUAUCCUGCAUGCAAUUCAACUUACCCUUCCUAAACUGGAAGCCUCCAUUGAGAAUGAUUCCGCAGAGGCCAUAGAGCUUGGUCGUCUGAGUGAGACACUGAUCAGCAAGCUUGCGGCAGAUCUUCCCGAAACCCCCACCUCUCGCAAUGGAGAUAUUAUUGAUGAAAAGCUUCACCAGCUGUUCCAGGUCUCAAUGCGUGGCAUCAUGCUUGCCUCGGGGAAUGUGGCACUAAGAGAAGUCUUCUACAGCAUAUGUUCAAUUUACGUUACUCGCAUUUCAUCUUCAGAGAUCAGUCAUGAGAGUCUCCGUCGGAAGAGUCAACAGUUGGUCAAGUCUGCGGGCCCCGGGCUCGUAGAGGUCAUCUGCGACGACGCUUACACUGGGCAGGAGACUUGUCGGUCUGCUGCGCUGCUGUUUUUGAACAGCUUGGCGGCUCUGGACAGCCGGACGGAUGGCAUCCUCGCUGAGUUGAUGUCGCAGUCGAACUACCUCAGUCUAUUCUUGGAUUCUUUGAGGUCGUUACCCUCUGAAUUACGGAAGGCGCCGGCAGCGGACACUGCCUCUUUAUUGGCGUACUACGAAUCUCUCCUGGCGCUUCUCCAGCAGCUCUCUCAGACCAAGAGUGGGGCGACCUAUGUCAUCAAGUCCGGUCUGUUUGAAUCCGUUCGUGAGUCGCAGCUGUUUGCUGCGGAUCCGGAUAUUGGAAUCGACAUCGACAAUCCGGAUGCGCUCCGGAAAUACUACGACCUCCUGCUCUGCGUGAUCCGCGUGAUUGUCUCCGCGGUCCUAUCUCGAGGCGCCCAUAACGAACAAAUCAGAAUGCAGACGCGUACCUUCAUUUCCGAGAACAGGCCGUGCAUGGUGGGCGUGUUCAAACGGUUCGCUAAGAUUGGCGGGAGGACCACUUCCGCCCAUCACGAAGCUCUUUGCGAACUGGUCAAGUCGUUCAUGGCGCUUGUGGCAGUGGCCGACUUCAUCGAGUUCGACGAUCCCGAGCCGCAGCAGAGCGAGCAACCUACUUUGUUCUCAUGA